ACAGUUUAAUACAAAUUUUUGCUCUGUGGCUCAGUUUCAUGCAUUAUUCAGGUAUAUGUCAUGUGAUUCGUCGUGUGGGCGGGGCCGCAGCAUCUAAACCGGAACUGUUUUUCAGAGGAAAGAAGAGUUGUAUAGUGAUUCUCUUCACUGCCUUUAAUCCCGUGUGUGAACAAUGUCGCGUGUCCGUCAGCCUCCCUUGGUGACUGGGAUCUCACCCAACGAGGGCGCGCCAUGGACCAAAGUCACCAUUCGCGGGGAAAACCUGGGCACUGGACCCAAUGAUCUCAUCGGUCUGUCUAUCUGUGGUCAUAACUGUUUGCUGACAGCAGAAUGGAUAUCUGCUAGCAAGAUAGUCUGUCGAGUGGGUCCUGCUAAAGAUGACAAAGGCGAGAUCAUCGUCACCACCAAGAGCGGAGGCCAAGGGACGUCCACUGUCUCCUUCAAACUGCUCAAACCUGAGAGGAUCGGCAUUCUGGAUCAGUCUGCGGUCUGGGUUGAUGAGUUGAACUACUAUGACAUGAGGACUGAUCGGAACAAAGGAAUCUCUCCGCUCUCACUGAGGCCGGCCAAUCCUUUGGGCAUCGACAUAGACAAAGGGAAGGAUCCUCUGAAGGAUCUGGAGAACAUGUUCCCUGGUAUGAGUGGAGACUUCACCAGUGAGAAUUUCUCUGCCACCUGGUAUCUCAUCGAGAACCAUUCUUCAACCAGCUUUGAGCAUCUGCGUAUGGCUGUGGGAAAUCUUAAGAAACAAGCCAGUAAGAAGAAUGAGGGCAGCCUGGCCUACGUGAAAGGAGGUCUCAGCACUUUCUUUGAAGCUCAAGAUGCUCUUGCAGCUAUCCAUCAGAAGCUUGAAUCAGAUGGCACUGAGAAGGUGGAGGGCUCUAUGACCCAGCGACUAGAGAAUGUCCUUAACAGAGCAAGUGAAACUGCUGACACCCUGUUUCAAGAAGUGUUGGGCAGAAAGGACAAGGCCGACUCAACACGCAACGCUCUCAAUGUGCUCCAAAGAUUCAAAUUUUUGUUUAACCUGCCACUCAACAUUGAACGCAACAUCCAGAAGGGGGAUUAUGACGUGGUCAUCAAUGAUUACGAGAAAGCCAAAUCUUUGUUUGGGAACACAGAGGUCCCAGUCUUCAAGAAAGUGUAUUCAGAGGUGGAGACUCGGAUAGAAGCCCUGAGGAAACUGCUUAUGGAUAAACUUCUGGAGACACCAUCCACUCUACAUGAUCAAAAACGCUAUAUUAGAUAUCUGUCGGAUCUGCAUGCUCCAGGUGACCCGGCGUGGCAGUGUAUAGUUGCACAACACAAGUGGAUCUUGCAGCUGAUGCAAAACUGUAAAGAAGAUUUUAUCAAAGAGCAGAAAGUGGGUGGUGUCGGGUUAGAGCUGGAUCGCUCCUCAGCUCUGAACAGGAUCAGCCUCCCAGCUCCAGUGAAGAGAGGAGGCAGCUUCCAGACGCCUAAAGAUGACUCGUGGCACUAUAAGAGCCCUCAGCAGGUGAGGUUUGUGGAGAAGCUCUCAGACGUGGUCAUCAGCCAGCUGCCCAACUUCUGGAAACUCUGGAUCUCUUACGUCAACGGCAGCCUGUUUAGUGAGACGGGAGAGAAGUCCGGUCAGGUGGAGAAGUUAAAGAAGAACGCUCGGCAAAGACAGAAUGACUUUAAGGGCAUGAUUGAGGAAGUGACCCGGCGCCUGGUGCAGUUAGUUCGAGGGGCUCUGUUACCUUCCUCUCUUACUGAGAUGCAGCUGCGGCAGUAUGGAGGCUGGGACACCAAAACCCCUCUCAGUGGAGCCUGGCUCACACAGGUCAUCCACAUCGUCAGGUUGAGUCAUGAGGCUCUGUCAGCUCUGGAGAUUCCUAAUGACCUGCUGCAGGUGAUUCAGGAUUUACUGCAGGACCUCCGUGUGCACUGCCUGCUGACCACACUACAGCACACUGAAGAGGAUGUAAAGAGACUUGCCGAAAAAGAAGACUGGGUUGUGGACAAUGAGGGAAUUACGUCACUGCCGGCCCAGUUUGAGCAGUGCAUGGUUCAGAUGCUGCAGUCUCUGAAGGAGCCCAUGGAGUGUAAACUUGGAGAGAUCAAUAUCUUAAAUCUGGAUGUGGUUCAAGACAAAGCUUGCGAACAGUGUAUUUCUAUCAUGAAGGUCUUUAUUAAAUGUCUCGAGCAGCUCAGCAUCAAGACUGAUGGAGACAUCGACACCUCUCAUUUAUCUGUGGACUUGGCUUCACCUGAUCUUUUUGGAAGCAUCAAAGAAGACUUUAGUUCAAAACCAGAGCAACGUCUCCUCAUCAUCCUCAGUAACUGUCAGUAUCUGGAGAGACACACGUUUCUCAAUCUGGCUGAGCACCUGGAGAAGAACGGCUUUACCUCUGCAGAGAAGAUCAUAAGGGCCAGCAUAGAGGCAUUGAGACAGCUGGACGAAUAUCUGUUUGAGACAUACAUCGAGAAAAAAUCUGAUCCUAUUGUCGGCUCGCUGGAGCCUGGCAUCUACGCCGGAUACUUUGAUUGGAAGGACUGCCUGCCACCUACAGGUGUGAGGAGUUAUUUGAAGGAGGCUUUGGUCAGCAUCAUCUCUGUUCAUGCUGAGGUUUUCACAAUUUCCAAGGAGCUGGUUACUCGUGUUUUAUCAAAGAUCAUUGAGGCUGUAGCGGAAGAAAUGAGUCGUCUGAUGCAGUGUGUGUCCUCCUUUAGUAAGAACGGUGCACUGCAGGCACGUCUAGAAAUCUCUGCGUUGCUAGAUGCCAUAGAGCCGUACCUCACAUCAGAGAGUCGCACUAGUUUUAAACAGGCAUUGGAAGCGCUACCACAGCUACAGAGUGGAGCCGACAAAAAACUCUUGGAGGAGCUACUGAAUAAGUUUAAGAGUAGUAUGAAGCUACAGCUUAACUGCUUCAAGCCCGCCUCUUUUCAGCCUGUGAAGCGAUAAACCUUCACAAAACCCCAACAUUUCAACAACGCCUCUGCAAUGUAACACUAAGAGACUAUUUCAGUUUUAAAAACCAUUAAAGGCAAUCUAGUGCCAUUAAUAUAGUCUUUUCUAUCUGCUGAACAGUGCUUGUGUUUGUGAUGAUGUGGCUGUCUGCUGAUAAUUAAUAGGCGGAUUAAUAUGAGUUGUACUGCCUCUUUGUCCACCUUAUUAACCACAGUUCAGAAUAAAAACCAGAAUAAAUCUAUGUGCGCUUAUACAGAA